UCCCGCCUCCCUUCUUUUUAGUGGCGGUAUUGAGCACGUGGUUUGAGCUAGCCAAUCAAACUCUAGGAAUCUUGUGGUGUCUCCCUCUGCCUCCCCCUCCCAUAUCGAUGCCAACCCGUUUCAGUUAAAGCGUUGCUUUGGCGCUGCAUUGAAAAGGAAAUACAUUUUUAUGGUCACAUCUUUGUCAAAGGAAACACCACACUGCUAGACGUCCGAAAACAAGUUUUAUUAUUUUUUUUUUAUUUGCUUUUCUGUGUUAGGAAAUAGAAAAAACAACUUUGCUUCUAAUGGACUGAAUUGAACUAAACACAAUGAAACCAACUUUGAGUAUGCUUGGUACAGGUUUAAUCUUUGUUGUUCUUAUUGGUGCAUGCUCAGCCGCCUAUCAAGGAUGUUUUCUGGAGUCAGUCAGAAGGCGCCAUUUCUCUGUCAGCCCCGGUGACUACAGCCCAGAGAUGACUACCACUAUCAGCUGUAAGAAAAACUGCGGGGAUUUUAAUUACAAAUAUGCUGCAGUCACAUCCGGCAAAUUUUGUUACUGCGCCAACACACUUCCAGUCAGCAGCCCAGCAGACGACAUUAAUUGUAACCUCCCUUGUGUUGGCGCUGCCAAUCAAAUGUGCGGUGGAGCUGGACACGUCAGUGUGUACGAUGCCACUAAAAAGAUAUCCGGCCUGUCCGUCUCCACGGACGCUAGCAACAAAGUCAUACCAGUGGCCACAACGGUAAACAUUGGCCUCUCUGUCUCUGAUGGCCCAGAAGCAGUGUACGCUCUGGAUUACGACGACGGAUCAGGGCGUACCGCUCUGAACACCACGAACAUGCUGACCACAGUGUACUAUAUACCAGGGGAGUACUCAAUCAAGGCCUUUGGUAGUGAUGUCAAUCAGUCACUGCAGGAAGCAAUGGCAGCAACAACAGUUCGUGUAGACGCACCACCAGGAGAAUCAAACGUCACCUGCGACACACUGUUUGCCACUUUUGAAAUCGGCAUGUGCACUUUCACCAUAUGGUCAGGAACUAGCCUCCAGGUCAACCUGUCGGUCAGCAGUGUCGUGUAUUCCAUCUCCAUUGAAGAUCCACCACUUUCUUUAGCGGGCCCAGCCUUUCAGAGUUUAAAAGUGACUUCCGGUGAUACUAACCCAGCAGUGUACUUGCUGUAUGCUAAUGAGUUCACGGUGUCAGGUCGAAUCUUAGGCUACGAGAUGUUUGUGGACUCAUUGGGGUCAAGUACGAUCUCACUUCUGAUAAUGAAGCCAGGAUGUUCCAGCGGCUCUUACUGCUAUAGUAGAAACAUCUGCACCAGUGGUACCUGUGAGUCAUCCACGUCCAGAGCAACCAGCUGUCCAGCAGCUGAACAAUUCUGUGGCCAGUCUUCCAAGUGUUACUCUUCAUGUUCUGCUGCUGCUUCCCGUUAUUCUAACAAGCCAGAUAUUUAUGUGGUUGUCUCCACAUUGACCGUCUCUGUGUCUACCACUGGCUUUGUCUACGUCACAGAAAAUAAUUUUAUCAAGGUUGAACCAGGCUACGUGAUAGGGUUGGUUCACACGUCCGGGGCUACAGUGCUAGGCAGAACCACGGGCACCAGUGACACCUACGAUUUACAAUUUGUGUCCAAUACGUUGACAGUGGGAAGUACUCUGACCAUCUCUUCUGGCACUAACACUUUCAUUCGUCAUGCAUUCAUUGCAGUUGCCUCCGCAGGCUCUAAGGUUAGCUUACCGUUUCGGUUCGAGACUCCUGGUCAAUUUGUUCUAAACGUGGACAUUGGCAGUCAGACGUUAGGGUCACAGUACAGGAGUAACACGUCUACCUCUGUGUUGGUCCUGGAAGGUGUGAAUGCUACUAUCAUCUCUGGACCUCAGUUUGUGAAGACCGGCGUAGCGGUGACCUACUUAAUCGAACCACAUUCAGGUUCUGAUGUCUACUACAACUGGACAUUCAGCGACAACACCACUUUCUUGGUGUCCAGGAACCGGACAGUCAGUCGCAGCUUCAAUGUCAGGGGCGAGUACGAGGUCAUGGUCACGACAUACAACGGGGUGAGCAACAAGACUAACAGCUCGUACACCUACGUCCAGGAUGAGAUAACUGGACUGACUGUAUCCAGCAACGCCACCGUCAGAGGACUGAACACAAGCAUCACCGUUUCGCUAACUUCUGGCUCUAACUAUACCUGCUUGUACAACUAUGGUGAUGGCUCGUCCCAACUGAGAACUGGCCUAAUGGACAGACCAAUAACCAAUGUCACUUAUGUGUACACCUACGCUACGCCGGGUAACUACAUCGUCAACAUUACCUGCGUCAAUGACGUCAGCAGCACGUGGAGAACGGUGGACGUGCAGGUGCAGGAUCAGAUCACCAACCUGAUACUGCUGACAAUGGGCGCCAACGUCAACACCCCCUUCAACAUCGAGUGGACAAUGGAUGCCGGGACUAGCGUUACAUUCACAUUGACCUUCAAUGGACAGCCAAUAAGCUUUAGUCCAGUGAGUCCUACAAGAUGGAGAAGUGUUCAAUUAUCUGGACGCUCAGCCUCUGUUCUGCCACUCAGACUGACCGCCUCAAACUUAGUCAGUUAUUACUACAUGGACUCAAACUUCACCAUCUUAACGGCCAUAGUAAGCCCAACACUGACCACCACGGCCGUCAACGCUACCAGCCACGAGCCUAUUGAGUUCACGGUAAACAUGGCCGCCGGAUCUGACGUCAACGUAACAAUGGACUACGGCGACGGUUCUUACGAGAGCUUCGUGGCGCCCGUUGGAUCCGACUGGACGAAACCUUACGUGUUUACGCACAUCUUCACUAGUGGAGGCAGAUUCACAAUCACUGCCAACUUCAAAAACGCUGGAGGUUCCAUCAAUAGGAGUCUGCAGAUCCUCAUCCUUGUUGGAGUAGGCAUCAUUGAUUGCGACCUACCAGAUUACGCCCUCUACCACCCACCAGCGUAUGUGAACCUGACCCUCUCAGCCCCUGUCAUGCCUACAGAGCCAUCACUGACCUUGAACUGGGGGGAACGGACCAGCAGAGACAUCCUUUAUUCUCCUCUUCUGACACCAAACAUUACUUUUCCUUAUGAGUUUCGAGAUACCGGGACCUUCAUCGUAAAAGCUGAGCUUAAAAAUUUAAUGGGAACCAAACUAUGCUGGAAGAACAUUACCGUUGUGGAGAAAUUGUCUGGACCCUCAUUCAUUCUCCCGUUCAAUAAAGCUGCAGUGAAUUUACCUUUUGUGGUGAAUUUUUGUUUGUUCCGGGGACCCAGUGAAGAUUUGUGCAAUCUGACCUUUGACUUUGGUAAUGGUGCCAGACCUUUAACACUGCCAAGAAAAGGUCUCAAAACUGCACUUAGCCAGGGUAAAGACGGCUGUGACACACAAAACGUGACAUAUACAUCUAAGACCAGUUAUAAUCUCACUGUCACUGCCAACACCCCGCUGGAGAAUGUCACGUCUUCGGUGAAUGUCAUUGUCAUCAACGGUAUCAGAGACAUUGACAUCGAUGCCACUACCAAUGGGGAUGUCACAUUUGGAACUAACACCACACUAACUGUCACCUUCACGGGAAAAGUUCUUCCUGACGACGCCAGCAUCAGCAUCGACUAUGGUGAUGGCACACCUCAAGAGACUUACAGCUUUAUUCCAAAACUGGUUGUGAGUCGUCCGUAUGCCAAAGAUGGUCUGUUUAGAACCAACAUCUCUGUCUACAAUGAUGCCACCAUGGUCAAUAAAACAGUCCAGGUUGGCGUUUAUCAGAAUUUCCAGAACCUGAGACCCCUGGUCUUCUAUUUAGCAGACAAACCCCCCAACGCCACUCUCUAUGGUUUCAACAAUUUGUCACAAUUGUAUCCACAUAACAAGGAUCUCUACUUCCGGUUGGUGGAUGACAACAAUGCUUAUGCCUCGUUCUAUAACCUGACUGUAAGUGAUUCGACUGGGACCAACCUUACAGCUACAUAUAACACCUCUGUCUUCAGCUACAACUUUCCAGCGUCUGGCCAGUAUACAGUCUAUAUCACAGCAUGGAACCCGCUUUUCUCGGCAGACAUUGUUCCGAAACAAUUAAAGUUCUUUGAAAUGAUUCAAGGGUUUGUGUUUGACGAAAACAGCACACAGUCAACGAAAAUUGAUGAGGCGAAACUCUUCAAUGUGAGCUUUGGCAAUGUUGGCACUGAUACAUGUUUGUAUUUGGACUUUGGUGACGGUGUCAAGGAAACAUAUGCUUCUGAUGUUACGAAAUGCACAUACAGCCCUUUCCAAAAAGUCACACCGAAGAAACAAGAUCUGUCCUCGUUCAAAGUAAACCAUACGUACACCGAGGAGAAAUACUUUGAAGUCACUGCAAUAGCAAUGAACGACCAAACAACGGAGAAAAGAGUUGUCGGAUUUAGCAUUAACGGUUUGGGUUGUUCCAAGCCUAGUGUCAACAUCGAUAAAAGGAGAAUUUACUUCACAAGCCCAGAGAGCUAUAGAAGGAGUGAUCGAAUCAAAAUCCGUGGUCUGUCUAACAUUUUGUGCGUGACUACCUAUGACAACGUCAAGUCAUGGAAUUUGUUCAAGAUUGAUAAAGAUUACGAUAAUGUAACUGGAAACGUCUCGUUGGCUGGCCUGGAAACUAGCAAAGCAGAGCUGAAUAUUCCAGCCCGAUUCCUAGAGCUUGGCCUCUACAGAGCCCAUUAUACAAUGACCAUGGCCGGCGCUGUGGGGUCAGCAUUGAUCUCUUCCACAACGUUCACUUACUUUGAGGUUAUAAAGUCCGACCUGAUCGGUAUCAUGAUUGAGGGCGGGGCCAGUGAGAUACAAAGGGGAACUCUUCAGAACUUACUCUUGCAGCCGACUUUAUUUUCUAGAGACCCAGAUGUGGAUGUCACGGAAAAGCAGAACAUUAUAGCUACCAGCUGGACUUGUGAGAUUGCUGGAAAGUCGGUGUCGACAGGCUGUUUAGAGUCUGGGUUUAACAGUUCUGCCCAGUCGCAGCUACUGACAUUGGCCAAAAUGAAUUUAACAACUUACAGAUUUACAGUAACUUUAUCCAAAGAUACCAGGACAACAUCUGCUGAACUGAAAGUCACUGUUGUCAAUGGGUCACCGCCCACAGCGUCAAUAGCACCUGCUGUUGGGAGUGUCUACUAUCAGAUCGCUGAUGGCUACAAGGUCCUCAAAUCCUCGAGGGUGGCCUUGGACUGCGUUUGUGACAACUGUAACGAAAAUGACGCCUCCUUCGAGUGGGCCAUCUAUCUAAGCGACUACAGAUGGUCCAACGGAUGGCGACCUCUGCGUACUGAUGAGCUGCAAGGGUUACUUUCAGGCCAGAAGUCUAAACAGAUCGCCAUCGAGUCCGAGCUAUUUAGAACAUUCGAUGCAUCCAAAAUGAGGGCUGAGUGCACCAUAACUCAGGGCACCAUGACUGGAAGAGUGGCCACAAAUUUAAUGAUCAAUAGACCACCAAGUAAUGGAAACUGUUCGAUUACCCCUUACAAUCGAACCAUCACACGUGAUAACGCAUGGACGCUAACUCUUUCCGAUUGGGAAGAUGAUGACGGCAUUCAAGAAUACCAAUUUUUUAUUCAUACCACCGAUGACUUUGUUGACAAACAGAUCACUUCCUUCAAGAUCAGCGACGGAAGCUUCUCGAGGAACGUCAGCUUAAGCCAGGGUCCAGACUUCCUCAACUACAAACAGUCCAUAAUUGUGAAGGUCCGUGACAACCUCGGUGCCACCACAACCUGGUCUUGCGGAGAAGUUGUAGUGACACCGUUGCCCCUGGAAACCAUACGGGCGAUGACGAAAGAUAUCAAGAACAAUCAGCUGAGUAGCGUGAUGAAGAUGUUCGCUGAGGGCGACCAGAAGACGUGUUCAGAGCAAGCCACUAGCCUGGUCUCUCUGUUGAACAGUGAUAGUAAGCAAAGCCGAAAAGAGUACGCUGGUAUGAACGUGGCUAGUAACUUUGCUGGCUCGAUGUAUGGAGAAGCUGAUGCAGACAGACCCUCGUAUAUGACAACGAAUUCCUCAGCGUACCAGGACUAUUUGGAAUACAAAAAGGAAUCAGAAAGAGAUGAAAGGGCAUUUUUACGUAAAGAGCUCAUCAAUCAAAUGAAAAAUCUAGCGACCCAGUCUGUGAUAGCCAUUACGCAGGUCUGGAGCUUCUAUGCCGAGGCCACCUUGUACGGUGAUGAGAUUGACCAGACAAGUCAGAAAACUGUUAUGUCCGCCAUAGAGAACAUGACAGACUUUAUGCUGGACCCAGCAAAUAUAGACAAAGUACCCUCUGAAGACAUUGAGGAGGCCAUCUCUAACGGCGUAGCCACUAUUGGAGGAGUACUGGAUGCAGCAGGUCAUAAUGGAAAUUUCGGCACAUUAUCCGAACUGGAAGAAGCCACCAAAGACAACGAUUGGAAAGAUUACGAUACAUCUGUUGACUCUAUUGGCAGUGAAAAUGAUCUGAGUACUGCUGAUUCCUUUGAAGACGCCAUGAAGAUUCACACAGCGAGCAUUCACAAGAAGAGACAAAGUGUAACGGCUAAGAAAGUGAGGGACCAGGCCAUGGCAACAUUAGACAAACAAACCCAGUGCUUCUCAAGAUAUAGUGUGCCAGGGCAGUCCUUUGAAAUCAAGUCUGCCAAAAUGAAAGUACGACUGGAGAAAACAAGUGCUGAAACGAUGCAGAACAAGACAUUGACCACCGCAGACUCUACUGCCGGUGUUAGUCUGCCAGCCACUUCUUUUCUGGACAACGCUAAUGAAACGAUUCUCGUCUCAGUCUCACAGUCCACCAACUAUCCAAUAAGAUAUUCUGAAGCUGGUGAGAGUAUCUCCUCAACUACCAACUUUGUCACCUUCAAUAUUUACAAUGGUAACUCCUCUAAGAUGUCUGUAUCCAACCUUACUGAACCUAUCAAAGUCACACUACCACACGACUCCAAGAUGGCAGUGCCCCAGUACCUGACAGUCAAGCCAAUGAUCCCUGCAUGGACUACUUUGAUGAAUCUGGACAUUCAAAUCAACAGGUCAUACUCCUCGCUGCAUCUUGACUUUGAUGGCAUUAAAGACAGGCAGUUUCUCCUAGUAGUUAAGAAAGGCAAUCUGAGUAGUAUAGGGAACGAGACAGAGGCGGACAUGUGUGACUUUGUCUACCUAAUGCCACAAAACUUAAGUCUCGAAGAAACCAAUGCUGAUAAAUACAGACUUCAAAUUAGUGACUUAGAUAUUGGCAAUUUCACUGGUCAUCUUUACGUUGGCAUAAGAGAGCUAAAUGUUACAGAAUUCAACAUGGACAUCAGCAGUGGUUGUGCCUCAUUGCCAAGAUAUGAGAAUGGAUCUGACUAUUUCCGAGGCGAAUUCAAACUUAGACAAUAUGUGACUCAGUGCUUGGCUAUAUCAGAUGAUGCUUCUGAUUGGUCGACAGAGGGUUGCUGGGUGGGUAAGGAGACUAACGUCAUCCAGACUGUCUGCUACUGCACUCACUUGACCACCUUCGCAGGGGGCUGGGUGGUGGUGCCCAAUACCAUCGAUUGGGACUAUGUGUUCUCCCACGCAGACUUUCUCAGCAACCCCACCAUCUACAUUACCGUCAUCAUCACUGCUGUCAUCUACAUUGUGGCUGCAGUCUGGGCCAGGAGGAGAGAUAGAAAGAUUGUGGAAGAGCUUGGAUUAGCUCCCUUGGCAGACAACGACUUGAGAGACAAAUAUUUCUAUGAGAUCAUGGUAUCUACAGGCAUGAGAAGAAACGCAGGCACUGACUCGCAGGUUUGCUUCAUUUUGUCUGGUGAGGAUGAUGAGACUGAUGUGAGGGCAUUUACUGAUUCCAAAAGAAAGAUAUUCAGAAGAGGUCAAAUUGAUGGUUUCUUGAUGGCAGUACCAAGGCCUCUGGGAUUUAUCAAUUUUAUGAGAAUCUGGCAUGACAACUCUGGACGUGGCAAGUUUGCCUCCUGGUACUUAAACUAUGUCAUCAUUCGUGAUGUACAGACAGACGUAAAGCAGGUGUUCAUAGCCAACAGGUGGUUUGCUGUGGAGGAGGAUGAUGGCCAGAUUGACCGAGUCAUACCUGUAGCUGGACGUGAGCAGAUGGCUGACUUUGGCUAUCAGUUUGGAGAAAGAACAAGGAAAAACCUAGUUGAUGGUCACUUGUGGUUCUCUGUGGUAGCCAGACCACCACAAUCAAGAUUUACAUGUCUUCAGAGAGUCUCUUGCUGUUUGUGUUUGCUUUAUGUCUCUAUGUUGGCCAAUGCAAUGUUCUACAAUACAACCUCCAAUAAAGAGACAGCAACCAACUCCUUUAGUUUUGGACCAUUCUCUGUUUCACCUGAACAGAUUUAUAUUGGAGUCGUCUGUAACUUGAUUGUCUUUCCGGUCAACGUUUUGCUAAUUUACAUGUUUAGAAAGUCCAGGCCUCACCACAAGCGUCCGUCACGCAUUGAUCUUGCAAUUAAAGAAGUGACUGAACAAAGCAAACAUGCUUCAAUCAAUGACGUCAAACCUGAGGUCAGCAGUAUAUUUAGCGUCUCAAAGACACCUACGAUUCCUAAGGAUCCAUACAGACCUAGCACUGCAGAUACUCGCCCAGCCACAGGAAUGUCCUUUGGUUCCACUAAUUCCCUGACACCCAAAUUUAAAAAGAAGAAGUUUGAAUUUCCAUGGUAUUUUCAAAUCAUUGCCUGGAUUCUGCUGUGGAUUGUCACACUUGGAUCUGUCUGUAUGGUCAUCUUCUAUGGGAUCUCCUUCAAGGAUGACACUUGCAGGAAGUGGAUUACUUCUUUGUUGAUCUCCUUCUUCACUUCUGUCUUCAUUACACAACCUCUAAAGGUAUUUUUAUUUGCUAUGGUUCUGUCAUUGAUCUUCAAGAAUCCAACUGAUGAUGAAGAAGAUGAAGAAGAAGAUGAGGAACUUCCUCAAGUGGACACUGAGAGUGAACUACUUCACAAUGAUGUCCUGGCAGCUGCUAAACCCAAAAAGAUUGGAUAUAAACCACCAGAUCCCAUUGUGAUAGAGAAACUAAGAGCUCAGAGAAUGAAAGAGAUUCAGAUGUGGGCAGUUAUAAGAGAAGUGAUCAUGUACUCCUUUUUCUUGUGGAUUCUGAUGCUCAUCUCCUAUCGUCAACUUGGAGCCGGCAACUUCCUGUACAAGGACACCAUGAAGCGAAUCUUCAUUGACACACUGGACACAGACAUUAACUUCCUCACUCUCAAUAACAGAGAUGAUUUCUGGACAUGGGCUAAUUCUGGACUUCUGAGUGGACUACGAGCUGGACCUUACUAUAAUGAUUACCCGCCAUUAAAACUCAGAGCUUACAUCAAUGACAAGGUGUCAAGAAUUCUGGGAUAUGCCACAAUGAGACAGCUCAGAGUUAAGCCAGAUCAAUGUAAAGUUCCUGAACCCUUUGAGUCGGUGAUUCCUGGCUGCAACAUUAUGUAUAACAUGUUGACUCAAGAGGAACGUGACUUUAAUGUUGGCUGGCAGCCUAUAGGAAAUAGCAAUGCCAGUGAUGCAACAAGAUCAGAAUACACUUAUUCAUCAGCAGAUAAGUUAAAUGGUUACCCCUACUGGGGUGUACUCAGCCUGUACUCUGGGGGUGGCUAUGUGGUGCCUCUGGAAGGUUCCAAGGAUGACUUGAGAUUGCUGUUUGCUAAGCUGCAAAGUGAGCAGUGGAUAGACAGAUACACAAGGGCUGUUUUUAUUGAAUUCACAACUUACAAUCCUCAAGUAAACCUUUUCUCUGUGAACACAAUUCUAGCAGAGUUUGACCAAACUGGUGGCCUAGUGCCUUCCUACAGGUUUGAACCUGCUAUGCUGUUGCCCUACAUGACAUCUGCUAUGCUGUUCCAAUUAGUCUGUGAGGCUGUCUACAUGCUCUUCACUUUGUUCUUUAUUGUACGGGAACUCAGAAACUUGUUCAAAGCCAAGAUGGCCUACUUCCUCAGCUUCUGGAACCUUGUAGAGUUGGGCAUCAUUGCCAUGAGCCUUGCUGCUAUUGUCAUUUACUUCUACAGGCUGAUCAUGACCAAUGGUUUAACUGAACAAUUUAAGGAAACCAAGGGCAAUGGCUAUGUGAAAUUUCAAUAUGUGGGCUAUUGGAAUGAAAUGUUUUCUUAUAUGAUUGGCUUCUUGAUCUUUCUGGCAACACUCAAGUUCCUGAAAUUGUUAAGAUUUAAUAAAAAGAUAUCCAUGCUCUCAGCUACUCUGGAGAACAGUGCACGGAGUCUACUUCACUUUGGUCUGAUAUUCACCAUUGUCUUCAUGGCUUUCUCCCAGCUGUUCUAUGUGACCUACAUGUGUAUAGAGGUCAACUAUGCCUCUUUCCUUUCCACCCUCAUUUCUGGAGUUCUUAUGAUGAUGGGUAACUUUGACAUCCAUACUAUGGUAAUGCAAGUACCAAUACUUACACAGAUCAUUGUUCUGGCCUACGUCAUCACAGUCAGUUUUAUCAUCAUCAACAUGUUUGUGUCAAUCUUGAAUGAGACAUUUGCUGCUGUCCGGGAGGAUGUUAAGAAACAAGGCAACGAUUAUGAGAUAGUGGACUUUAUGUUGCAAAGAUUUAAAAAAUGGACUGGACUUGGUGGCAGCGAGUCUGAAGAAUCACCUGCCAAUGAUCCACUAGGAAUCCCAGAUAAUCCCAAGGCCAUUAAAAUGGAUGGUACUUAUUCUGAAGACAACAUUGACAACUUCCCUGACCGCAUUGAAAAACUUUUGAAGACCAUCAGUUCAGUUUACAAUGACAAUGACAAUUUUGGUAUGUUCUACCAGAAGCAACCCUAUACAGCUCCUAAGGAUCGCCCUACAACAAACAACCCAUUAGCAGUUCGCUCGAACCGCUCUAUCUCUCCUGCACCAGGCUACCCUAGACGUAAAGCUAGUGUGGUAGCCAGAGUUCACACAGACUAAGCCUAGUCUUGUUUUUUUUUAUUUUUUAUACUUAGUUUAGUAACAGGGAAUUGCAGGCCAGAGUAAGUCAUGUUUUAGUCUUAUUGCGCUCAAAGAGAGACACAUUUUAAAAAGUUGAGCUACGAGAAAGGUAUUACUCAUUGCAAUGACAUUUUGAGAACAAAGAAUGAUUUAGAAAAUGUUUUAACUUAUCAAUAUUCUGCUCAGUUGUUGUUUUUUUUUUGAGAAAUAUUUUCAUUCAAUACUAUUUUACCACAUCAUUAAUUGUACAAAAGUAUUUCAAGAUUCUGAUAAAAGUUAAAUAAAAACAUAAAGCAUGGUUUAGAGAAUAUUUUCGGAAAGAGUUUAUUUUCUUCACAUUUAAUAAUAGUUCUUGCUGCUUUCAGCCUGUUUUGGGACUUUGAUAUUCUUUAUAGAAAUGUAAUACAGUUUUGAAGUAGUGGUGCAACUUUAUUUUCAUUUGCUAUCACCUAUAGAUGAUUGAAAGAAUAGUUUGAAUUAAGAUAUAAAGUUGUACAAAUAUUUCUUUUUGUCUAUGAUAAUGACAGAGAUUAAUUAUAUCAUUUAAUGAACUUUGUAUAGUUGUGAUUUUUGUUUUUUAUUCUAUUUUUCUUUGAUAGAUAAAUUUUAGCAAAUGAGGUUUUGAAAUUGAGUGCUUUCUGCAUAAAAAACUGAAUUAAAAAAAAAAAAAAUCAUAAUAUAUAUCAAUUAAAAUUGAGUGAUGAAAAAAAUAUUUGAGAACAACUGCCCUUACAGGAGCAGAGGCAAUCAUUUAUUUUGUUUGUUUGUUUUAAAUAUUUUAUUUAAGAUAAAAACAUGACACUUUUUAAAGUUUAAGUCUAAACAUUAGGGAGGGAAUACUUGAAAAUGAUAAAACCAUUCAUUUUAGAUGUAUAUAAACAGCCAGUUUAAAAUCUUUUACAAAAUGUUUCAGAAUUAUUUCAAGACUGUCCACAAGUAUCCGUCCAUAUAUAACUAUUUUGAAAAUUUGAAGUACGUCUUUAAAAUUUGUUUGUACAAUCCAAUGUUUGUGGUACUUUGAUAUGUUAUAAGUUUUACUUUGAGAUGUUUGAUGCUACAAUAAAACUGUUUACACUCUAUUUCAUGUUGGAAUGUCUCUUUCAUUGUUUUAAGUCAGUGAAUUACAACCUGGCAAUGUAAACUGGAAUCACACCUGGCAAUAUGCUAAUGACAGCUAAAGUUACAAUAAUUAUUGCUAUUUUCAGUUACUG